AUGGGAAGCGCCGCCCCCAUAAGCCCGGCAUAUGUUUUUCGAACCCAUCGCCCAGGAGACAUGGGAUGGAUCAUCCACCGACAUGGAGUGUUGUACAACCAAGAGUUCGGCUGGGGUGAGCGCUUCGAGGGUGUUGUCGCAGGCAUCGCUGGGGACUUCCUCAAAAACUUCGACCCCCAAUCAGAACGCUGCUGGAUCGCUGAACAAGAUGGCAAAUUCCUCGGAUGCAUCAUGCUUGUGAAAGAUUUGUCUGCCGCCAAAAACGCAGCGAAAAUUCGUCUGUUUCUGGUUGAACCCAGUGCGCGCGGGCUAGGACUCGGUCGUGCGCUGGUACGACAAUGUACGCAGUUUGCCCGGGAAGUUGGGUACUCUCAUAUCGGGUUGUGGACUCAGAGUGAAUUGGUCUCGGCACGGCAUAUUUAUGGAAGUGAGGGAUUUGUGCACCUUGCGUCGGAAGAGCAUGCGUCGUUCGGAAUCAAGAUGGUCGGGGAGCUUUGGGAGUUGCAACUAUAG